AUAGUACGAUUUGUAAGUGUUCGGUUAGGUGAGGCGGGUAUGUUUAUUCACCUCGCGGUAUAGUUCAACGUGUAAUAAUAACAUGAGUCUGAAAGAUAAUAAUAUAAUAAUGAUUUAAUGAUAUAGAAAAGUGAUUAAUAAUUUUAUCGAAAAAUGGAAUUCACUAUUUCCAAAAUAUGUGCCACGAUGGUUGUAUGCCUUUGUUGUUUGGGCGUUGUCGGACAAUACGAAUGGCAAGCCAGAGAUUCUUUCGACAAAAUUCGUCUGCGAAUGGAUAAAAUCAACGACAAUAACUGCCAGAUUCAACAUCUUGGAGAUCUUUAUUUACCAGAAGAUACAGUUUCUCAUUUACCAGAUAUUAAAGAUAUUAAUAUCAAUCCUGUUUUUCCAAAUAGAACUGCUUUAUUACAUCUUCAUAAUAUGGCUCUUAGUAGAUCAUUCUUUUGGAGUUAUAUUUUGCAAUCACGUUUCAUACGUCCAGCCAUCAAUGAUACGUAUGAUCCUGGUAUGAUGUACUAUUUCUUAUCGACGGUUGCAGAUGUUUCAGCAAAUACACAUAUAAAUGCAUCUGCUAUAUACUUUUCUCCAAACACAUCUUAUUCUCCAUCAUAUAGAGGUUUUUUUAACAAAACUAUGCCAAGAUUUGCUCCAAGAACUUUCAGAGCAGAUGAUUUUAAUGAUCCAAUACAUUUGGAAAGAAUAUCUACAAGAAACACAUUUUAUGUUAAGGAUUUGGGAGCAUUUCCCAGUAAUAGUCUUUCUGAAGAUUAUACGACAGAUUUUUAUCGUAUAAACGAAUGGUACAAGCAAUGGUUACCGGAUAACACUGAAAAAAGACACGAUACUAAAACUACUUAUCAAGUUGAAAUUCGAUAUGCCAAUAACACUAACGAAACAUUUACAUUUCAUGGCCCCAGAGGUGCUGACGAAUAUCCUGGACCUGUAAGAUGGACUAGACCUUAUUUUGAUUGUGGUAGAUCAAAUCGAUGGCUUGUAGCAGCAGUAGUGCCUAUUGCAGAUAUUUAUCCAAGACAUACAGGAUUCAGACACAUAGAAUAUCCCACAUAUACUGCUAUAUCAGUAAUAGAAAUGGAUUUUGAAAGAAUUGAUAUAAAUCAGUGUCCUAAAGGAAGAGGAAAUAAUGGCCCAAAUAGAUUUGCAAAUACUACCAGAUGUAAACCAGAAACUACAGAGUGUGAACCAUUACAUGGUUGGGGUUUUCGAAGAGGAGGAUAUCAGUGCAGAUGUAAACCAGGUUAUAGAUUGCCAAACGUAGUGCGGCGUCCGUAUCUAGGAGAAAUCGUAGAAAGAGCAACACAAGAACAAUAUUACAAUGGAUUUGAUUGUACCAAAAUAGGAUGGGUUCAUAAAAUGCCUGUUCAAUGGGAAAAAGCAAAACCGCACGUUAGAGAAAAAUAUCUCGAACGAUUCUAUCACUACAGAAACUAUUCUACUGGACCAGAAGCCCUAAGAUCUGAAAAAAUUAAUAUAGAUCAAAUACUUAAAUUUAUAUUUAGCGUGAAUUCAAAAACUUGUAAAAGUUAUUCACCAGAAGAUCUAACUUUGCGAGGAGAUGUAAGUUUUGGUGCCAAAGAAUUCUUUGAAAACGAAGCAAGAAUGGCAACUAGAUUGUCAAACUUUAUUAGUGCAUUUCUUCAAAUUUCUGAUCCCCACGAAGCUUAUUCGGGUAAAAGGGUAGCAGACAGACCGCUUACCGAAGAUCAGAUGAUCGGAGAAACUUUAGCUUUAGUUCUAGGAGAUACUAAAAUAUGGUCUGCAGAAACACUUUGGGAUCGUAACAAAUUUACAAAUAGAACGUUCUUUGCUCCGUACGCAUAUAAAACUCAAUUAAAUACGCGAAAGUUCAAAGUCGAAGAUUUGGCUAGACUCAAUAAUACAGAUGAGGUAUAUACGAAAAAGAGUUAUUUCCAAUUAUUGAAACAAAGAUGGGCAACAAAUUUUGACGAAUUGGAAAAUUACUUUAUGAAGAUGAAAAUCAGAUAUAACGAAACUGGUGAAUAUCUGAAAAAAUACGAACAUUAUCCGAAUUCGUAUAGGGCAGCAAACCUGAAUCAUGGUCACUGGACAGCCCCGUACUUUGAUUGCAACGGCAAAAUGAAGAAAUGGGUAAUUACUUAUGCAUCCCCAUUUUUCGGCUUGGACAGCUUGAAAGAGAAACUGGAAUUCAAAGGUGUUGUAGCUGUUACCAUGGAUCUACUACAGCUUGACAUCAACCAAUGCGACGAUGUAUUUUACGCGCCAAAUGCGUUUAAGGGUACUCAUAAAUGCGACAGAAAAACCUCAUAUUGCGUACCGAUUCUUGGCAGAGGUUUCGAAACAGGUGGAUAUAAAUGCGAAUGCAAACAAGGUUUUGAAUAUCCGUUUGAAGAUUUGAUUACGUAUUACGAUGGUCAAUUGGUAGAAGCUGAGUUUAAUAAUUUAGUCAGUGAUGAAAAAACUAGGUAUGACAUGUUUAAAUGUCGAUUAGCCGGUGCCUCGUCAAUUCAAGCUAGUUGGCUAUCACUGCUGCUAUCAGUAUCGAUAAUCUCAUAUUAUUUUACUAUAAGUAAUUCAUUUAUUACAAUGAUAUCGUAGUAUUGGAUAUACUAUGAAUGCAAUCUUUUCACAUAAAAUUUCGAGUUUUCGUAGACUCGAUGAUUAAUAUCAGGAAUGUAAUCCGUCCAUUAAUGUUAUAUAUACAAGUAUGAUAUUGAUCGUUAUAUUUUAUACUAUGUUUUGAAAAUCUUAAUCAGUUAUGCAUUUUAAUUGAUCUUUUAUACAUUUUAUACAAUUUUUUAUGACAUAGAAUUCACUAAUGUAUCAAAAGUCUUUAGUGCCUUGUAUAGCAUUUUCGACUGACCAUUUCAAAGACUUAAAUAGUUGGAGUUAAAGAAUCUAAAAUAUAUAUAUAUAUAUAUAUACAUAUGUACACUCACUUUGUUAGAAAUGUAGAUAUGUUUCUUUAAUUGAGAUCAGAAACAGUAGUGACGCUUACUUUAUGUAAUUACAUACUUAGAAAUAUUAAAAUAUUAUCAUUAUUUUUUAUAAUUUGUAUGACACAUUAUUUAUGAGAAAUAUUAGAUAAGGAUAAAUUGAAAAUAGCUUAAUAAGAAAGAAGGUACAAAAUAUAAAUUUGAAAUGUUAACAAACAA